AUGGCGUUUGGAUUGAGAUUUCUCCCCCCUCCUGCUCGAGGCAAAGAUGCUCACACUGUCAUGGACGCCGUGCAGGGUUUUGGGGGUGAGCACCACCCCUACCUGCAGACCAACUAUCAGGACGCCCAGGGCUUGUUUCUCUGGGUGUCCUGGGCGGCAGACCUCAGGAACACUUUCUUCAUCUUCUUCCCGCUUUGGUUUCACCUGCGGGCCUCAGUGGGCAUUAAGCUCAUCUGGGUGGCAGUGAUUGGAGACUGGCUGAACCUGGUGUUUAAAUGGAUCCUGUUUGGGGAGAGGCCUUACUGGUUCCAUGAGACGGCUCAUUACGCAAACACUGUCCCCCCUCACAUUGAGCAGUACCUGACCUGUGAGACUGGGCCAGGCAGCCCUUCUGGACAUGCCAUGGGAGCUGCCGGUGUCUACUACACCCUGGUGACCUCCAUCCUCGCCAUCAUGACCAGCAAGAAGAAACAUGGAAGCAAAAAAUCCACCAACAAAGAAUGGUAUCUGAAGGCCGUUCUGUGGACUCUGUUUUGGGGGGUCCAGGUGUGUGUCUGUCUUUCCAGGGUCUUCAUCGCCGCACACUUUCCCCACCAGGUCAUUGCUGGUGUCAUCACAGGUAUGAUAGUCGCUGAAGCCUUCAACAGAACUCAGUGGAUCUACAGUGCCAGCAUGAAGAAGUACUUCUACACCACCCUCUUCCUGACCUCCUUCGCUGUCGGUUUUUACAUCCUGCUCAAAGCUCUGGGUGUGGACCUGCUGUGGACCCUGGAGAAAGCCCAGAAGUGGUGCGUCAGGCCCGAGUGGGUCCACCUGGACACCACGCCCUUCGCCAGCCUGCUGCGUAACAUGGGCACCCUGUUCGGCCUGGGCCUGGGCCUGCACUCACCUCUCUACACCGAGACCAAGAAGAGCAGCAGCGCAUUGGUCAAAGCAGGCUGUGUCAUCAGCUCUCUGCUCCUGCUGCACCUGUUUGACUCCUUCAAGCCUCCCACACACACCGCUGCCCUGUUCUACCUGCUGUCCUUUUGUAAGAGCGCCACCGUGCCUCUGGUCACUGUCAGUAUCAUCCCUUACUGUGUGAACGGAGCUCUGAGUCUGCAGAACAAAAAGGGAGUGUGAGCAAUGAACUCAGAUGAUAAAGACUAAUGGAACGGAGUCUCUUCCAGAUCAUAACAACGUUCCUCUGGUGCCUAUUGUAUUCAUGUCUAACUGAUCCUCAGGAGAAGCAGAAAAGAUCAACAGGAAAUUGUCACUGGUGCCAUUUGGACACUGAACUCUGUGAGCCCUGAGUGACACUGAGUGAAAGCACUAUCCAGGAUGCCCAGCAGCACCUCUAAAGACCCAUUUUGAAUUUAGAAAAACAUGAUAAUUACAAUUGUUUCAGACUCCUGGAAAAGGACUAGCGAGUGACUGUUUGCAUGUAGUUGCUGUGUUGAAUGACAACAUCAUUCACAGCUUUGAUAUGUUAUUUCAAGUGUAAUAGUAAUGUAUUUUUAAGAGUUAUAGAAAGUAUUUUUGAAACACUU